GGCAGCGAGGCCCCGAUGCGCGGGUGCCCGGCGGAGACAUGUCCCGGCGGCGCCUGCUCGCCCUCCUGCUGGCCCUGCUUUCCCACUGCCAGGGACCCUCGGCCCAGGUCACGGACUUCCUCUUCGAGAGCUGGCAGGCCUACAGGGAGGAGUGUCACCACAACAUGAGCCUGCAGCCGCCGCCCACGGAGCUGGUCUGUAACCGCACCUUCGACAACUUCUCCUGCUGGCCUGACACACUGCCCAACGCCACCAUCAACGCCUCCUGCCCCUGGUUCCUGCCCUGGCACCGGAAAGUGAAGCACAGAUAUGUCUUCAAGACGUGCGGGCCGGAUGGGCAGUGGCUGAAGGGCCCCAAAGGGCAGUCCCUGCGCGACGCCACCCAGUGUGAGAUGGACCCCGAGGACCUCAAAGCCCAGGAUAAAUUCGCCAAGACCUAUGGCAGCUUCAAGAUCAUGUACACGGUGGGCUACUCUGUGUCGCUGGGCACGCUGCUCCUCGCCCUCACCAUCCUGUUGGGCUUCAGCAAGCUGCACUGCAUGCGAAACUACAUCCACAUGAACCUCUUCGCCUCCUUCGUCCUGAAGGGCAUCUCAGUGCUGGUGAUCGACGCCCUGCUCAAGACUCGCUACAGCGAGGAAAUCGAUGGCUACAAUGUUGGCACCUGGUUCAGCGAUGAGGCUGCCGCUGGCUGCCGGGCAGCCACUGCCCUCAUGCAAUAUGGCAUCGUGGCCAACUACUGCUGGCUCCUUGUGGAGGGCAUCUACCUGCACAACCUGCUGGUGCUGGCCGUCUUCUCCGAGCGGAGCUACUUCACCCUCUACCUGUGCAUCGGCUGGGGGGCCCCCAUCUUGUUCCUCGUGCCCUGGGUAGUCAUGAAGUUUCUGUACGAGAACAUUCAGUGCUGGAGCACCAACAACAACAUGGGCUUCUGGUGGAUCCUCCGCUUCCCCGUGUUCCUGGCCAUCCUGAUCAACUUCUUCAUCUUCAUCCGGAUCAUCCAGAUCCUGGUCUCCAAGCUCCGCGCACACCAGAUGCGCUACACGGACUACAAGUUUCGGCUGGCCAAGUCCACACUGACGCUGAUCCCAUUGCUGGGCAUCCACGAGGCGGUGUUUGCCUUCGUCACGGACGAGCACGCCCAGGGUACCCUGCGCUAUGUCAAGCUCUUCUUCGACCUCUUCCUGAGCUCCUUCCAGGGGAUGCUGGUGGCCAUCCUCUACUGCUUUGUGAACAAGGAGGUGCAGGCGGAGCUGCUGAAGCGGUGGCAGCGCUGGAAGCUCGGGAAGGACCUGGCCGAGGAGUACAAGCACACAUACAGCCACACGCCGCAGCCCCGCGGGGGCGGCAGCACCUGCGAGAAGCACCGGCUGGUGACCAACAUCAACGGAGGCCGGGGGCUCCCCACCGCCCACACCAGCUCCCACUACCUCGAGCGCACAGGUGCCAGCCCCAGCCCCAGCCCCAGCGAGAGCCUUGCCCCUGGCCAGCGCCAGCUGGCCUAUGACUUCCCGGGGGUGGCUGAGAGCACCUUCUGAGCCCCCCCAUGGCACACCAGCACCGGGCCCCACAUGAGCCCCCACCCUGCCCUGGGCAGGUUGCAGGGACAUGGGCAGGCCCCAGGCUCGGACAUCGUGCCUGGAGAGACUGAGUGGGGCUGGAGGCAGGCGUGAAGGCCCCGAGCCUGUGCCUGCAGCAAGGCCUGGAACUGAUGCCCAAGCCACGCGGGCGGACUUGUGCAGGUGCUGCAGGAGACCCUGUUACCUGUGGGGAGAGGGAGCCUUGGCGAGCCCAGCCAGGUGGGGGGCAGCGGGCAGGGGGAGGUGCUCCUGCCCCAGAGGGCACUGCACCUGCAGGCACAGGGGUGGGGAGGAGGGGUGUCGGGUCCUUGCUUUGUCCCGGCCAGAGAUCCUGUCUCUGGGCAGCAACUCUGGGCAAGCAGCCCCGGCCGCCCGUCUCCCCAUGUCUGUGUCUGUCUGUGUUGGGGGGCAGGGGGGGGGCACUGGCACCAAUAAACUGUGGUACGUUUCACGACUUGGACACAGGCUGCUGCCUGCGGGGGCCAGGGUCUGAGCAAAGUUGGGGGGGCACGGCAGGGGUCCGGGAGCCUGGACAGAUGGGGUGGCCUGCGCAGCACGGCACAGCACUGCAGGGAGGCCAUCACUUCCAUGCACGCUCCCCACGGCUCCUGCCUGGGAGCCAUUCACAUGCUGGGGGCGGAGGUGGUGAACCGGGUCCCUUUUCCCCAGCCCUGCCUGCUGCCAGCCCUGCCCCCUCCCAGUCCCUGGCAGCCAGCUGUGCCUUGUCUGUGCCCCGGGCUCCCUUCCCUCCUUGUGCAGGUGCUAAUCAGGCAUCUCUCAGCACCAGGGUCCCUUAAUUCAAUCAUCUGCAGCCUCGUGCACUCCUCCCUCCUGCAGCCGGACCCAGCCUGCGGGGCCCAGUCAGCACCGCUGCAGUGUGGGGAUGGGCGGGGGGGCAGAGGGGCUGACACCCCCCCACCCCCAUGCCCUGCACCCACCCCUCUCCCACAGCCCUGGCACCUGCCUAGCUGGGGUGCAUGUGGCCCAGGCACAGCGGUGCCCCUCGCAGCCCCCCUACACCCCUGUCCCCAAAUGGCCUUCCCUGUCUUCCCAGCUCCAGGCUGCAGCCCUGGUCUCCGGCCCCAGGCCCCCCUCCUCCUCCGCCCGCGUCAUGCUGGGGUGCCCUGAACCGCCAGCCUGGUGCGCGCUCCUCGUCACCCUGAUGCUGAGCUGCCCUGACAGCCUGGCCGUGCCCCAUGCUGGGCCCAGGGCUGCUGCCAGCACCAGGCCGGCAGUGCCCAGCCGC